AUGGCUUACCCCCUGGGUGUGAAACAGCUAAUUGUUGGUGUCAACAAAAUGGAUUCCACCGAGCCACCCUACAGCCAGAAGAGAUAUGAGGAAAUUGUUAAGGAAGUCAGCACCUACAUUAAGAAAAUUGGCUACAACCCUGACACAGAAGCAUUUGUGCCAAUUUCUGGUUGGAAUGGUGGCAACAUGCUGGAGCCAAGUGCUAAUACGCCUUGGUUCAAGGGAUGGAAAGUCACCCGCAAAAAUGGCAGUGCCAGUGGGACCACACUGCUGGAAGCUUUGGGUUGCAUCCUGCCACCGACUCGUCCAACUGACAAGCCUCUGCGACUGCCCCUCCAGGAUGUCUGCAAAAUUGGUGGUAUUGAAACCGUCCCUGUGGGCCGAGUGGAGACUGGAGUGUUAAAACCUGGAAUGGUGGUUACCUUUGCUCCAGUCAAUGUGACAACAGAAGUAAAGUCUGUUGAAAUGCACCACGAAGCUUUGAGUGAAGCUCUUCCUGGGGACAACGUGGGCUUCAAUGUAAAGAACGCAUCUGUCAAAGACGUUAGACGUGGCAAUGUUGCUGGUGACAGCAAAAAUGACCCACCCAUGGAAGCUGCUGGCUUCACCGCUCAGGUGAUUAUCCUGAACCAUCCAGGCCAAAUCAGUGCUGGCUACGCUCCUGUGCUGGAUUACACUGCUCACAUAGCAUGCAAGUUGCUUAAAGAAAAGAUUGAUCGUCGUCGUUCUGGUAAGAAACUGGAAGAUGGCCCUAAAUUCUUGAAAUCCGGUGAUGCAGCCAUCGUUGAUAUGGUUCCUGGCAAGCCCAUGUGUGUUGAGAGCUUCUCUGAUUAUCCUCCAUUGGGUCAUUUUGCUAUUCUUGACAUGAGGCAGACAGUUGCUGUGGGUGUCAUCAAAGCUGUGGACAAGAAGGCUGCUGGAGCUGGCAAAGUCACCAAGUCUGCCCAGAAAGCUCAGAAGGCUAAAUGAAUAUUCUCUCUAACACCUGCCACCCCAGUCUUAAUCAGUGGUGGAAGAACGGUCUCAGAACUGUUUGUCUCAAUUGGCCAUUUAAGUUUAAUAGUAAAAGACUGGUUAAUGAUAACAAUGCAUC